AUGUCCAGCUCAGCAGCCAAGAGGAUCAGACUGCCCACCAUCAAGCCAGCACCCAGAUACGCAGCACAGUCCCAGCUAACCACGACCUACGACCAGCCCAUCCCAGGCCUCACCCAUGGCCAAUCAGUCCAACACGUCCUCCUCCACAAGUUCGACAUCAGCCGUCCAGAACAGAUCGCCUUCGAUGGGCCCGACCAGCUCCUCUAUCCCCUCUCCAGCUUCGUCUUCGGACAGCCCUUCCGCUCGGAUAUCAUCCAUCGCUGCGUGAACUUCGAACGCAGUCUCAUGCGAUCCGGUAGUGCCAACACAAAAACUAGAUCGGAAGUCGCGAUGUCGGGACGUAAGUUGAGGCCCCAGAAAGGCUCAGGAAGAGCACGAUUGGGUGAUGCAUCCUCGCCGACGCUCCGGAAGGGAGGCGCAGCGUUUGGGCCGAAGCCGAAGGACUGGGCGCAGGGGAUUCAACGGAAGGUGUGGGAGCUAGGACUCCGGACGGUGUUGAGCCAACGAUGGCGGGAGGGCCGGCUGAUAGUGGUGGACAAGUUCGAGAUGGAUGGGCAAUCGGAAGCCAGCGAGCAGCUGGCCCGGCUCAUCAAGCAUCGGGACUGGUCGAGUGCCCUGAUGAUCGCCGGGGGACAUUGGGGCACCGAGGCAUCCGGAUGGAAGGCCCCCGGACUGCUCCGCCAGGCACUCGCGCGCACCCAUCUCGUCCAGGACGGCAUCCGGCUCGGACAGGCCGGCCCCGAGUGGGCCCGCAUCCAACGCGCCAAGAUCCUCCCGGUCCUCAACAAGAUCGACCUGGCCCAUCCAAACGACCUCCGUCCGGGCAAACCCCACCCGGCUGACCUCAAGCCAGGCAUGAUCGGCAUCUACCAUCUCCUCCUCCGCAAAUUCACCAUCCUCGAUCUCAACGCCGUCCGACAUCUCGAACACCAUCUCACCCGUGACCUGCGUCAUCCGAUCACCGCCCUCGGCAUCUCCCCCUCCGAAGCCCACUAUCAAUCCGUCUUGGCCAACCAAUCUGUCUCAGAACAAAUCGUCAACUCUUCCCACUGA